AGUAGAAAAUAAUAGACUGCAGAUAUCAAACAAAAGAUAUUUGUAUAAUAAACAAUUGAAAGAAUAUUGUAGUAAAAUGUUGGAAAUUGUCAUUAAAUAAGUUAAAUAUUUAAUAAAAUAUUGUGUACUUAAAUCUGUACUUUAAGUUUAGAUAACUUGGUUUAUCUACUAGAUAUAUAUCUACAUACAUUACCUACAUAAAUAAAUAUAGAAAUUCAUAUUUGACAAAGUGCAUAAAAUUUUUAUUGAAAAUUGGUUCACGAAGUUUUUAUUUUCUAUUUUUAGCUAAAAACAUAAUUUUGUAAAAGUUUUACAAGAUAUACGUACUUAUUUAUUUAGUAUAACUAAAGAUGAAUUUAGAAUGUAGUAGCAAAACUACGAAAAUUUCCGUAUUUUUACUUGGAGGCGCUUUAUUUAUGGUCAUGUUAGCGUAUAUGGUAUUUGGUGAUACAAAUGAUCAAGAAGGUUUAAGAAAUUUGCGAAUGGUUUCAAUUCUUUUUAGGCAUGGUGAUCGUACACCAACUGAGCUUUAUCCAAAAGAUCCUCAUAGUAGCUAUGAAUGGCCAGGUGGAUUAGGUGCUUUAACUCAAAAAGGAUCAUUACAAAUGUACAAUUUGGGUAAAAACUUAAAAUUACGUUAUUAUAGACUGUUGCCAAAAAAUAGCUUGUAUUCAAAACAAGAAAUGUAUGUUCAUAGCAGUGCAGCUGAAAGAUGCCUAAUGAGUGCGCAAAGUUUAUUGGCUGGAUUUUUACCACCACUAGAACAUCAAAAUAUUUUACCAAUUCCUUGGCAGCCUAUUGCGAUAAAUUUAACAGCAAGAUUAGAUGAUGCUAUAUUAGCACAAAAGAAACCUUGCAAAAGGUAUGAUGAAAUACUGAAAAAACUGUAUUCCAGUCCGCCCCCCGAUUUGGAAGCAUUGAAUAGAGAAAAUAAAGAACUUUAUGAAAAAUUAUCAAAAUAUACCGGACAAAAUAUAUCAAACGUGUUGCAUGUUGAGCUGUUGUAUAAUAUUUUGGAGGUAGAAAGAGAUCAUGGUUUGGAGUUGCCCGAUUGGACUGAGAACAUAUUUCCUGAAAAAAUGCUUCCAUUAGCUGAAAGAAGUUACGCAUUAUUUACGGAAACUCCGUUGAUGAAAAAAGUUAAAGGAGGUGCCUUUAUAACGGAAGUGCAUAAUCAAAUGAUCAAUAAAAGAAAAAAAAUUUUGAAUCAAGAUCGAAAAGUGUUUUUAUAUUCCGGCCACGAUGUGACAAUGGUUAACGUAAUGAAUUCUUUAAAUAUUUUGGAUCAAACAUCCAGAAAACCAGAGUAUGCCUCUGCCUUAGUAUUCGAAUUACAUCACAGUGUAUAUUUCAGAGAUGACUUUGAAGUAAAAUUGGUUUACUAUUUCAACAGUGAAGAUAAAUUUCCGAAGGAAAUAAGCAUACCACAUUGUGAUACGCCUUGUUCGCUAACAGAAUUUAGUAAAGUGUUGAAGAAUUUGAUAAUUGAUAAUUUUGACGAAUUGUGUGAAAAUGUUAAACCUUGUAAAACUUAAUUUCAACUGUUAUAUAAACUUUUAAAAGAACAUUACAAAAAACUUAAUUUUCUAUUUAGA